AUGACUGAAAAGAAAUCACUGAACAGUUUAAUUAUACACCCUGCAAUUGAACCAGGCGUGAUUGACAAUGCUAUGAUAACAAGAUGUAUACUUGAAUAUGGUCCUACUGAAGAAGCGGGGAGACUUUUCGCCGAAGAAGGAGUCCAUUUGGACGAAGCUCCUAUUUUACGAUUGGAAUUUCAAAAUAUAUUAAGAAUAGACCAUCUAUGGAUGCUUAAGUCCUUGAGAAAAUUAACUUUAGCUCACAAUUUGAUUCAAAAAAUUGAAAAUUUAGAUCAGCUAACGGGACUGAACGAGCUAGACAUUUCGUUUAACAAGAUUGAAAAAAUUGAGAAUUUAGAUAAUUUAGUUGAUUUGGAAAUUUUAACGUUGUUCCAUAAUAAAAUAAGAAAAUUGGAAAAUAUGGAAUGUUUAGAAAAGUUAAUGGUUUUCAGUAUUGGAGAUAAUUUAAUUGAGGAUUAUAAAGAGAUGUCCUACCUCCGACGAUUUCGGAAGUUACGAUCUGUUAGCUUCAAGGGCAAUCCGUGUUGUGAUGAUCCCAUGACAAAUCAGUUCCUGAAGUGUGCUCUUCCCAUUGUCACUUAUUUGGACUAUAAACUAAUUACAGAAGAGGAGAGGGAAUCAGGGCAAGCGUUAUUUCGCGGUAUCCUUCGUAAGCUGGAUGAUGCAGAUGAAAAGACUGAAAAGGCACGAAUUGCUAAAGAGGAGUAUGAUUCACGAGUUGAGUUUUACGCAAUGUCCUUUGUGGAGUAUUUGAGUGGACCAGAAUUAAUUGAGACAAUGUUUGAGAAAGAUCCAGAUGGGGCAUUACUAUUGCAAGUAGGGGGGGAAUUGAUUGGGUUCUAUGAACAAUAUAAAGAACAAUAUGUCGAAACCAUGGCUGGCUUAGUAGAAUUUGCUCAAGGCGCCUAUAAUGCACGACAACAUGAGAUAAAGCUGUUUAAAGACCUGGUUGAAAACGCUUUAGAUGAAAGUGUUAAGAAGAGUAAAGACGUAGUAGAAGAAUACGAAACGAAAAAAAAGCCGUUAGUGGAACAAAUGAAAGAAAUCAUCGGUAAAGUGACGACAAAGCAAGCAACGCUGGAACAGGUUGAAACAAAUGUUAUUGACACGGGAGAGGCAUUUACUGAUCUGAUUUACGAUCUCUGGAAGAAACUUAUGACCAUAGAGAUGCAGCUCUAUGAACGAUGCGAGGAAUCUAGAGUACAAUUUUCCGUAAACAUGACAGAGAUGAUAACGAAGCUUCUAGAAGUGUCUCGAAACGCUUUCGGGGCGUGGAGGGAGCAUGAAGGAAUGUGGUCUAUGCGACAGUUAGAUGCGCUUUCAAAAUUAUUGGGUAAUAAGAUACUUUUGGGAGAUGCACCGCCUGAGUUAUUUGAGGUAAUGAUGGACAGAGACGCCAUGAUGAACCUCGUAGCCCAGUCUUCAGACAAUCAUAUGCGGUUUGUCGACGCUCGCGAAGAUCUAUUGAUGACACGAGCGAAUAAAUGGCGUGAUGACCUCGUACAAGGGACUAACGAUAAUGAAGUCAAACGCAACCGCGAUCGUAUAAGUGAAAUAUACUAUUUCAUAGACAAUCAAAGAGAAGAGUGGACGGAUAUGCAGAUGAGUAUGACGGAGACUGUUGAUCCGGAGACGGCAGCAUUAUUGGCUGAUGAAUUUUAG